UGAGGAAUUGAUUGCUGAAAUGCAAAACUUGUUGCUGCUCUCUCGGGCUGGCUGAUCGGCGAGGGGAGACGCGCAGAGCUCACUCACACCGCCGGACCGCCGCUAGCACGGAGGACGCAUCUGCUGCGCUCACCGGGGCGCCCGGCUUCCCUCACAUUCAGCGUACAACAAUAGCGCCGCGGACCAAGGGACAAAAGCCCACUGCUCAGGCGCCUGCAGCCCCCGAUCUGGGGGAACAAAAGUGACUGCACCUUGCUGACAGCGGGGCCGAUCGCCUGCUCUGCCUGUCACAGGCAUCAGAUGGCACACGGACACAUGGCAGCGCGCUGCCAGCACUGACUAUGCAGCCGAAAGUUGCAUUCAUUUGGACAUACCCCGCUCCACAGACAACCUACAGGGAAACCCCAGUGCAGGCGGCCGGUCUGCGGGAAGACAGCUAAGCUCGCCUGCACCUCCAUGUGCACGGAUUGCCGGGACUGAAGUGUUUGCAGGACUUGUGCUAUUGGUGCUGCAGCAGAGCCACCUCUCCGGGACUAUAGUGCAGCAGCUAGAUGAGCUGGGACGUGGUGGCUGUUCCUGAGCCCUGCAUGAGAGCCAGACAGAGAGUGUUUAUGUGUGAUCUCACAGCAGCACAGGCCCUAUCAGGUUACACCAUGUGAGCUCAUCUGUGAGGGCUCCGCAGCACAUCGCUUACACUCCUCUCUCUCAUCACACUUGCAUUCAGAGCUCUGCAUGACGGCUCUCCGGGCUGCUCCCUGCCGCACAUCCUAUCUGUUUCCCCGGCAGCUGGAGGAGGACUGAGGGUGACAGCGAUCUCGGGGCAGAGCACUGCCAUGCCUUAUUGAUCACUCUGGAAUUAUGUUUGGGCUGGAGCAGUUUGAGCCACAGAUCAAUAGCAGAAGCGCUGUCCAGGGGGAGAGGAACUUCUCUCAGCCCGGAAUGAGUAUGAGCUCUCACUUCAAAUCCCCUGCAUUCCACUCCGGGGGGACGCCGGCGACUGUGGACCCUUCUAUCGGGGCUUUGACGGAACCUUCCAUGUUAGGCAUGAACCUCAAUUUAAACGGAGAGCCUUAUGGGUACCAUGCCAGGGGGCACUCAGACAUCCAUGCCAGUGGCAUGCAGCCGCAGCCAGUCCAUGGCUUUUUCAACAACCAGCAGCAACAGCAGCAGCAUCACCACGCUCACCCAAGCACCCAUCCUCACCAACACCAUCCUCACUUCAGUGGCAACUUUGGAGGGCCUGAUGCCACAGCAUCCUGUCUGCACGGUGGUCGACUUAUGGGUUAUAACAAUAAUCUUGGAAAUCAGCAAGCCUUUGGUGAAGGGUAUGAACAGAUGGCAGAGAACCAGUCAGGAGAAGGCUUUGGACAGCAGAGAUCAGGUAAUCUAUCUGAAUUUCAGCAUCCUAACUCUACUGCCUCUAACCAUGCUGUCCCUGCUCCUUGCCUUCCCCUAGACCAGUCUCCAAAUCGGGCUGCCUCUUUUCAUGGGCUUCCUUCAUCCACCUCUUCUGAUUCUCACAACUUGGAACAAAGGCGAAUCCACAAUCAAGGAAGUGUUGAUCCCCUGGAAUACAAUUAUCCCAGCGAUGGCCCAUCUGGACACUUUGAGGUACCUGUGUUUUCUCCUUCUGACUCAGAGGGCCAUUAUGGUGCUGGGAGACCGGUUACCACUGGUUCCUUCCCGGGAACUUCAGUUUUGCCGAGACCUCCUGGCAUAGUGGGAAUGACUAAAGUUCAUCCACAACAACAACAUGGGGUAUUCUUUGAGAGGUUUGGAGGUGCUCGAAAGAUACCGGUGGGCAUGGAGCCUGCAGUAAAUGCCAGACACCCACUCCUGCAACAGCAGCAGACAAGUUUACUUGCCAGACAAAACUCAUGCCCACCAGCAAUUACUAGGCAACAGCAAACAGAAGGCAAUACCUCAAAUCCAAACUUGCAGGACAAUGCACCAGUGAUGCAGAACCAGCAUUCACAGUUUGAAUACCCUAUUCAGAGACUAGAGAAUAGAAAUAUGCAUCCGUAUUCCGAGUCAAUGUUCAAUAUACAGCAGGCACCCCCACAGCAGCCUCCAAAUCAAAGAUUGCAACACUUUGAUGCUCCUUAUAUGAAUGUCACUAAAAGGCCUAGGUUUGACUUUCCUAAUAACCAUGGUGUUGAUAACUGUGCUGCAUGGAAUAAUAACAGUAUUCACAAUGCUGCCAUUGACAGUCACCUUUCGCCCUCCACGUACCCUGGUCUCCCAGGUGAAUAUACCCCUCAAGUGCCAGAAAGUUUUCCCACUGGUCCAGCCCUGCAACACCCUGGCUCAGAUCACCAGUCCAUUCAACAGAGACAAAAUGCAGCAAUGAUGAUUAAACAAAUGGCUUCCAGGAACCAACAACAGAGAAUGAGACAAGCUAAUUUACAGCAAUUAGGCCAUCAUGGAGAUGUUAAUCAAAGUGGCAUUGUCCAUGGAGCUCAAGUGGGGACUAUGCCGCAAUCUAACUUUGAUCGUGAAGGAGGGAGGAUUGCUAAUUUUGACCCCCAGAAUCCACAUGUGGGUCAGGAAAAUGCUUGGUUCCCUGGACCUCACCCACCUGGAGAUAUUCUGCAAAGAAGAAUGGGUGGGUCAAACCUGUCCACAGAUCCCACAUCCCAUGAUAUUAGUUUACAACAGAAUGGGUCAAAUAUGCUUUUUAGGCCAGGAGUUAAUAGGAUGGGUAUUCAGGAGCCUUUGGGGAUGCCAGGAGAAGGACAUGUUCAGGCCUUGCAUUCUCCAGGCAUGCACUCUCAGUUUGGAAACAACAUGGCUAACCUUUCACAAAUGCAAUCACCGGGUGGUGGGGUGGGCAUGAACAGUACCCCAACUGACAGAAGGGGUGCUCCAGAUUUCACAGCACCAGCCAUAGGUCAACAGUCAGGAUUUCCAUUUGUUGGGACAAAUAGACAGUCAACACCACACAAUCCACCAGGUGUAAAUUCCUCUCCAAAUUCCUACCCACCACAAUCAGAUUUCCAAGCUAGCCAGCGCUCAACAGCCAGCAAAUUAGGGGCACUCUCCCUUGGUUCAUUCAACAAGUCUAGUACAAAAGAGAAUAUGUUUGGACAAAGCUGCUUAGCUGCCCUUUCCACAGCAUGUCAGAAUAUGAUUGCUAGCUUAGGUGCCCCGAACCUUAAUGUAACAUUUAAUAAAAAAAGCCAAGCAGAGGGAAAAAGAAAAUUGAGCCAAACAGAAACUGAACUGAAUAACAACAGCGGGAACAACAAUGGUUCUGAUUAUUUCCCUGGAGGCACCUCCCAAAGCAAUCAGGGGCCUGGUGCUUCCAGUAACAACACUAAGUCUACAGGGCAAAGUGGGGCAACUCAGCCCACACAGGGAGAAACUAGUCUUUCUCCAAACUACAAUAUUGAAGUUACUCCUGGAAAUGAUGGCAAACCAGUGACUGGUGGUGGUCGAGGAAGGGGCAGGAGAAAAAGAGAUAGUGGACAUGUAAGCCCAGGAAACUACUUUGAUAAGUAUUCUGCCGAUAGUGGGGGUGCUGUUGUGAGCCCAGGCCAGCAGGGCCAAUCUGUAAACUCAGUAGAACCUGGUGUGACUUCACAUGACAAGCCCCUAACAUCUCCAUCUUGGGGUAAAGGUAGUGAGUUACUUCUUAGUGACCAACCUGACCACAUGUCAUCUUUGGACAGUGGAAUUCAAAGUGUGGCUAAAUCAGACAGUAGCUCACCUCAUGUUGACUUCUCAGAAGAUGUCAACACUACUUAUGGUAAUGAAGAAGAAGUUUCAUCUAGUUCAGAUAACAACAUAUCUAAACCCAAUAGCUGUCCUUUGGUAACAGGGUCUCCAAAAAUGCAGAGGAGUGAACAUGGACUUCUUAAUGGACAAAAAACAAUGGGUCUAAAUUUGCUAAAUAACACUACCUCGCUGCCGGACAGUUAUGGGUUGAGUAGUACUGGGGCUGGUCAUCCUGGCACUCCAGGGAUGGAACAGGUCCGCACUCCAACUAGCACAUCAACCCAGGAUGAGAUUCACCCUCUAGAGAUACUGCAAGCACAGAUACAGCUUCAGAGACAGCAGUUCAGCAUUUCUGAAGACCAGCCCUUAGGGAUGAAGAAUAAAAAGACUGACUGUACUGCUCAAAAUGUGGACAGUGAAUUGAACAGUUGUUGCUCUGACAAUGUCAAAAAUUCUAUGAGUACGAUAGACCUUGACUCUCUUAUGGCAGAGCAUAAUUCUACCUGGUACAUGCCUAAUGAGAAAUCAUUGAUGGAGGGGGAAGAAAGCGACAAAUCUAUCACACCUUGGGAAAAAUCAAAGAGCCAACAAACCAACAAAGAAGGCCACGAUCUUCCCCAGAACAAGACCUCAGCAGCGGCACAGAAUGGAAGCCAUUUGCAGUGCCUCUCAGUCCACUGCACAGAUGAUAUUGGGGAGUCAAAGGGUAGGACUCCUGUUCCUACGUGGAGGUCACUUCAUUCUGAUAUCUCCAACAGAUUUGGGACUUUUGUUGCUGCCCUAACUUGAAAAUUGAAAGAGAAUCCAUACUUUUUUUUCACUUUCCUAAGAGGCCACUAGUUAUAGGUGGACUAAUUUUUCUAGGUUGGUACCUGCUUAGUGGCUUUCGGACUUGGAAGGGUUAGUUUGAAAUAAACCUCAUAUUUUUUAAUCUUUUUGCCACAGUAUGAUACCAGUGUUAAUUCUUCUUCAUUCAGCACAUUUUAUGCAUUUUUUUUUUACUUUCCUUUAAGUAAAUUCCCUAUUGCUCUAUAAACCUGACAUACAGUUUAUCUGGGCUAGAGAAGGGCUUUUGUAUGUCAAAAUGGUAUAUGUAUUUUUCUUUUAUGCUUUUUUAGUGCUACAUAAAAAUAUUGUUUCUUUUGUAAGACAAAAAAGUUGACAUUUCUAAUUAAUAUUUUAUAUGUUAUUUGACCACAACUAAUCCAUCAGAAAGUAAACAAUGAUGUUGAAAUGAAUCCUGCUUCAUGAUUCUGUGAUCUACAGCAACCCAUAGAAAAUGUCAAGUGGCCAUUUUUUUUCUCCUUCCUGGGACAAUGUCUCAAGCUCUAAAUGGAUGUCCACAGCUAUUUUGCACAUAACUUUAUAUGUCAAGGUUUCUACAGCCUUAUAUUGCUGGGUGCUGGUUGCAAUAUAAAUGAUAUUUUCUGCAUACAUUGAUGUAAAUGCAACAUUUCCUGCAUAAAAAUCCCGUACAUAAAAAUCCAAAUCACCAAACAUAUUUUUUAAUUGUGCUUAAUGGUAUUCUAGGUGGUUUUCAGUCCCUGACUCCUGACUGGUCAGGUAGUCACUGCUUUUAACAUGCACAAAGGUACUUAUUUGGUGAGCUUGAUAUAUAGGCCUAAAUUAAUCAAGCCAUGACCAUUUUUUUUUUUUGCACAAACAUUUCGCAUUAUAUCAUUUACUUCUGUUUGGAGCAUAUUGUGAAGAGCUGUACAGUGUUUGACAUCUGCCAAUGACAGAGAUUACAUCAGGCUACAUGAUUCAUCAGUGAUUUGUUUGGUCACACAGUAGAGUUUUGUGAUCUUCCUGGGGAUUCAGUAUGAUUUACCGGUGGACGGGAAGCCAGCUGUUAAUAUCCUGACAGCGGCAUCCCACCCCAGCCAGAAUGCCAGCAGCGGGUGAGCGCAAAGAGUCCCCUUGCAGGCUCGCCACACUGCAGGCUCAGUGGCUCGCUGCACUUGCCACAGGAUCUAUUCCCACUAUUCGUGGACAACCAAGAGUGGGAAUAGUCCUGUUGUGCCGGUGGCAUUGUCGGCUGUCGGGUUUCUGGCGUCGGUAUUCUGUCCGCUGGGAUCCAGGCAGCCGACAAAUUAAACGCAUCCCCUUCCUGGAAGACUCUACAUUUCAGUAUGACUUGAAGUUUUUACUGAAUCUUAAUGACAGAAUAAACCCUGACUAAAUCUAAAGAACUGCAUAUGAAUAGUAAAUCCGGUAUUUCUAUUGUGCUUUUCGACAGACACAUUAUUUAAUAGUAAUUCUUUAUUUACGUUAAUUGGUAUCAUACAAUUCUUGCUGCAUUCGUAAUAUGGAUGUGUCUAGAUAAAAGAAAGUAAACUGAAUAUAAAGAUACUGUUUGCAUGAUUUGUGCCGAACUAUGAUAAUGACAAUACCUUAUGUACAAUAUUUUUUUACCAUUACAAACAAAAGAUUUUAUGCCCCAUGAUUUAUUUGCAAGUUUAGGGACCACAGCCAAAUAAUGAUGUUGGAAGAGCCUAUAGUCCUUUCUUGGUGAAAAAUAAUAAAAUGAUUUGUUGCUGCCUCUAUCCCGCGUACCCUUAUACCCAGAGAACAUAUUUCUUACAGUACAGGCAGAAUACCCCGAUUUCUAAAGAAACACUGUCCACCUUAAGCAUAUCUGGGAACCUCUGAAACCUGAGUGUGUAGCAGGAUGUUUUUUUAUGUAUUUAUAGGUAAAUAAUUAGGCACAUUAAAACUUAUUUUACUGACAUCAAGUCAUGACCUAAAUUACUUAACUAAUUGAAUUAUGCUGAUCGACCACUUGGCGAAAUCAGCUUCUUAUUUGUUCACGUGUAAAUGUGUUCUGAUUGGACAAACCCCAUUAUGCUUUGCUGCUGUAUCCAAUUAGGGUCUGUUAGUGCACUUGGUUGAUGCCCAAGCUCAGGCUGCCGCUGGACAUCUGUCAAUGAGAUUUUUGAAAAUACCCAAAAGAGAUUUUCUGCAAACAAUUUUUUGGGUAUGCCGAUUAUUUUGAGGACUUGUACAUGUCAUUCCCGAUAUUGAUGUGUAUGGUCACAUUAAAAAGAACAAAUUAUUUAAUAAUGUGAUAGUAAAGUAAUGAGUGAAGAAUGAGAUAUCUUGAUUUUCAUGGUUUCAUAUGAUAUUUCAUAGAAAGCCACCACUGUCAAUGGCUUAAGUUGCAUUGAUAUUCUUCACACCAGUUCCUUAAUUAGCACUAGAUGACAGUAGAAAAAAAACAAAUUCUGUUGUUACCAUUGAGCAAACAAGUGGAAUUUUAGGUUUUAGAUGUUAAUGGAGACUUUUUUCCAUAGUACUAGUCUUAUCCCUCUUUACAGAGACAUUUUGAAAAUAUAGAGCCAAUAACUCAUGUAUAAUAAUUAAGAUGUAUGUCAAAACUAAAAGUGGAUAAAGUAUUAGGAUUCAUACAUAAUUGGGUGCUUUUCUGUGCAUCUGUGGUCCAGUUCUGUCCACUGCAUCGCCUUUGUUAAGACUUUUUUUUUAAUUAACGAUGAACACUGCUCCCUGUAUUAAUAGGAAUAUCAAUAUAAAUUAGCAUUUUUUUUAAACAGAAGAAGGAUCAAACUACAUUCAUGGCCUGUUGUGCAUUAAAAAAACAGAUCAAUCUCCUUUUAUGUGAAAAGAGAUACAACAGUUUUGUUUGUGGCCUCGUUAGUGUAUGACGGAUCAGUGCUUCCCCAGGUUUACAAUGCAAUACUUGUCACCACCGGAAAAAUAACUUGUUUAAUUAUCAAUUAGUCUUUGCAGCUAUACCCAUCCAAUUCCAUAUUUAAGCAAAAGUUUUCAGUACUUUAUUUUGCUUGCAAAGUAUUUGACCUAUAUUCACUCUAUAGUGGACACAAAUCCCAUCAAUGGUCAUAUAAGUGCAAAUAUUGCUAUAAACAUGCUAUUAAAACCAAAUGAUGAAGAAUAAAAGUAUCAGAAGUUAACCACAAAAUCAUGUUCUAUUUCUAUAUAAAGUGUAUUUUUUCUACAGACUAGCUAAGGAAAAUGAGAGUGAUGCUCUCUGUAUGUCUAGAAAUAUGUUGUUUUCUGCUAUUAAUCUCCUUAGCAGUUUACAUGAAUAAUGAUGUUUACAUUAAAGGUGUCUUUUCAUUUAUCAGCAUUUGCUGAAUAUUACGAAGAUUUAAAGCAAUUCAUCAUUACAUGCAUUUACUAUAGUGAAUAGCAGGUAUUGCAAAAUUGUCAUUAUCAUCAUCAUCAUCAUCAUCAUCAUCAUCACAUAUCAGAAAUAUUUGAAAAACAAGGCCCCAUUUAUGAAUGGUAACAAGCACAAAACAGAAUAUAUAAUACAUAUAAGCUUACACUAAUAGUGAUUAAUUCACAGAAGUCAUUAAUGAAGUUACCAAAACAAAUUUAUAUUUCUUGUCUAUUUGUUUAAAAUGGGCGUUUUAAUUUUAAUAUCUUAGGUUUUCUGAAAUAUCUAUAAUGAUCUUUGUAAGUGAAAUUUCAUCUUUAAGUUAGAAAAUAUAUAUACAAGGCACACCAAAGUUUCUAUUAUAUUCUUUAUUAUGGUUUUACAGAGGUUGCACAGUCCAUUACCAAUAUCAAUGAUCUCUACAGUCAGUUUCCAUUAAUGUAGCAGUUUUGAAAUGGGUAUUAAAUAUUUUGAGAAUACAGUUAAUUAUGUUUAAAUUAGAGAUUAUUUCAUAAACAACAUGCCAUUUAACAGAAGCAAGCCUAAGGAGGAACUAAUCUUUUUUUACUAGUUGUGGUGGAUUGUCGGCUUACAUGUCGAUAAAUGCAAGAACAUUUUAGUGCACACUGCCAUAGUUCUGUAACAGUCCAUCCCACAUUCCAAGCCACUGACCUGAAUAAUAAAUUAAAACUAUUUGGUAUACUUUUUUUUCCAACUUUAUUCCUUAACAUCUAAUGUUAAAACAUCAAAAUAGACCAUCAAAACAAUCAUUACCAUUGUGACAUAUUGUUAUGAACUUAACAUAUACGGCAUACUACCACCCACGUUAAUAUACUAUAAUAGCUCUAAAAAAACUGAGACUAUAGAACUAUGUUCGUUAUAAGUAUGAUCUCUAUAUUUUACAACCAACAUCGUUUUACAUGCAUUUAGGAUAUCUUCCCAUCUCUAGUUUAACAUAAUUUAUAUUAUUAUACACAUCAUUUUAUUUAGAAUAAAAGUUGUGCUGUGCAGCAAACACUGAUUUCUGUUGCUACAUAUUUAAAAUAAUCUGCUUAUUAUUGAAUUGUCUAGUCUGUAUUAUACAGGCUUGUGGUUCACUGUAAUGUUGGGUAAUUUCUGACAUUAGCAGUUAUGAUGCACAUAGAAUAGACAACAGAUUUACUGCAGGCAUUGUCUCAGAUGGAGAGGUAUUUCAGAGAACUGCAAGUAAGGUUACAAUUAUUUCAAGUGUUGUUACUGUUAUUAAACACUUCUGUUUUUGCUGAGGAGGGGAGCAAUCCGAAGUUACACUUGUGGGGGAGUGUAAUGGGAAACAUCAUUUUUGCAUAUUCCAAAUGUAUGUGCAUGCUGUGAUGAUUGCUUCAUCAAAGGGACCACAAAACCUAGAAUACACAUCUCAUUCAAAAGAUUUGGUAAUAACAUUCACACACAUAAUAUAUAUAUAUAUAUAUAUAUAUAUAUAUAUAUAUAUAUAUUUCUAUGUAAGAGGUC